AUGACAGAAGGAUGGUGGCAGGUAGAGAAAUUUACAGACAUUCCAGCCAUUGUUGCCAUUGAAAUUGAAGCACAGACUUACAUCACAGUCCUGGACAAUGGGGCCUUGGAACUUUGGAAUCACAAGGAUUCAGGUGAGCAUCAACUUUAAUAAAAACCCAGCAUUAAAAUGCAUGUUAAUUAUUUCUUGUCAUUGUGGUAUUGUAGUUUGCAGGCCACGCUGUUAAGAAACAGUGUUUAGCACCCAACACUGUUGGAAUUUGACCUCGGGGUUAGGAUGUCAAGACAUGGUAUGUACAGCUUCACCCCCAUUGCUUAGAAUACUUAAAGAUUUGGAACCACUGUGUGUGCUUUUUGUAUAUGUUCAAUAAUUUAUUUCUCUGGAACCCUAGUGUAUUAUUCUAUGCAUUAAAUCUAGUUGGAAAGAGGAUUUUCACAUUCAUCUAUAAGGGGUCCCAAACCCUUCUAUUUAAAAUAUCUCAAAGUGUAUCUUAGACAGCCGAGACAAAAUGGAAACGGAUAAGUCUUUAUGGUUUUGGUCCAGGACGUAGACUAUUUAUUAUUCAGGUUUAGUCUCUAGGGGUGUCAUUUUACCACAGGAAAUCUGCCAAAAGGCAAGUAACCUCUCUUGGUCAAUGUAUGACAUACAAGCUCUCUAGUCUGUCUGUACAUUUUUCUUUGUAGUGGGUGUGCUAAGGACUUUUGAUUCAAAGUUUUAAUCACAUUCCCAAAGUGUGUCAUUGUUCACCGGCCCAAUUGGACGCUUUGGAUUGUCGUUGUUCUUUAGACUUUUUUUUUAAGCUUUUUCUUUAGAUUUUUCUUUGGCUUUGUUUAUAGAACCAAAUAAAAUUAUAGUCAUUAAGACCCCAUUUUCUCAAGUUUAUGAAAUAAACAUUAUUCAAAAAAUGUCAGCCUCACAUCACCACUCUACUACAUUAUCAUAGCCUCACAUCACCACUCGGCUACAUUAUCAUAGCCUCACAUCACCACUCUGCUACAUUAUCAUAGCUUUACAUCACCACUAGGCUACAUUAUCAUAGCCUCUGAUCACCACUUGGCUACAUUAUCAUAGCUUCACAUCUCCAUUCGCCUGCAUUAUCAUAGCCUCACCUCAUCUCUCGGCUACAUUAUCAUAAAGUUAUGUUAUUUUUGGCCAUAAGCCGCUUUAUUAACAAAUUUAAAAAAUGUAAUUUCAGUUCCUUUUGUUUUCACAGUAGAUGGACCCACCAAUCCUGCUGAUAUUUUCACAAUCAUUAGGAUAGAUACAUCAAAAAUUGCCUUCAAGUCUGUGAAUGGCAAAUACUGGAGUUUACAAACUGAUGGUAGAGUUGUCAGUAUAGCUGAGACUAUUGGGACCAGGGAACAGUUCGAACCUUUGUUUCAGGGAGUUAGUAAUACUAUUUUUUGGUAUUAUAAAUAAAUGUACAUCAUCUGUAUUUUAAUAUACUCUUUAAUGGCUGAUUCAAGCUAAUUUUGUAUCAUUAUGGUUUUAGAUUUCAUUAAAAUAAAGACAACCUUAAAAUAUAUAUUUUUCAUAUCAGGUUUGUAAAAAAUAUAAUAUUGUUUUUAAGUUAAAAGAGUUUAAUAAUUUCUAUUUCCACUUUGUGUGUCUAAUAACAUAAUCUUAACUGAACAAUUUUUUUUUGUUUCAAGGACAGCUGAUAAACAGUAGGCUACCUCAACUUCUUUAAAUCAUUAUUCUUCAAAUAAUCUUGAUAAAUUUAUAAUACAUUUAAAAGAUUUAAAUAAUUUCUAUUUCAACUUGGUGUGUCUAAAUAACAAAAUCUUAACUCUACCAUUAUUUUUUGUUUCAAGUACUGCUAAUGAACCAUAUAAGAUAUUCCAGUAUCGUACAAAUUUAUUUUAAAAAAAAUAAUUUUACUAGUGAACGUUGCUUAACUUUAUCUAAACUGCAUUAUAACUUAUAAUAGUGGUCAAUUUAUUUUAAAAAAUAUAAUCUGUUAUGUUAAUAUUAUAAUGCAAUAUGAUAUAUUUUGUGUGUAUUUUCAGGGCAAGAUGGCAUUAAUUGGUCACAACAACUGUUUCUUGUCUUAUAAUGAAGAUGGUGACAUUGUUUGUGAGAGUUGUACAGCUGACCCAAAAAUGUGGUUCAAACUAAGAUCAAAUGCUGCCAGAGUGUAAGGUGACACAAAUCAAAGUAAAGAAUUUCCAAUACAUCCAGAAAUAAAUGUAUGGGUGAGUUUCCAUUGUUUUUUUUGUAGAUAUAGCACUUUAUUUUUUUUAAGUGUGGGGUUUAACCAUUUACAUAAUGGACAAAUCAUCAUUAAGUAUUGUGUUUUACUAUGCAUGAUCCGCAAAGAAUAUAACACAGAGGCCACUGUAUCAGAAUGACACUUACUGUGAACAAAUUCUGGACUAAGACACCUUCUUUUUUAAUUUUAGGACAUGCGCCCUGAGGAGCAUUUAUUUCAUUAAUUGAUAGGCUGCAUUUUUGGGCCAACUGUAUGUUUUUUUUGGUUUUUUUCUAGGAAGGCGCUGCAAAAAUUUUGGCUUGGCUGGGUGGCACUAAACCAUAGUUAUGCCACUGCUUUUAAUGCUGUGGAAGGAUGUGGAAGUAAUACAAUCCAUCCCUGUGGCACUACAGCCCAUGUAGGGAUUUGGCUCGCGAUACCACUUCCUUCCACUUAGAGCUAACUGAUGCUUUUCUUUUCCAUGCUUAGAUUCCCAGCUGCUGUAGAUCUUUUUCCACAUCAUCCAUCCAUCUAAGCCUAGGUCUGCCUUUGAACCAUUUUCCUCUGGGGCUUCGGUGGUGCACCCUCUUCACUCUUCUGUCAUUUGGCAUUCUUUCUAAGUGUCACACCAAGCCUAGCCUUUCCAUUUUAUUUGAGCUACCAGCGUUGGAUCCUGAUAUAGACUAUACAAUUCCAGGUUGGUUUGUAUUCUCCAUCCAUAUUCAUCCUUUGUUGGUCCAUAUAUUUUCUCUCCCAUGUGUGUAAUAGGUUUUCUGCCGUUUUUGUUUAAGUCCAAAUUUCAACUGCAAAUGUUACAAAUAAUCUGAUGACAAUUUUAUUUGUAGCGUUCUUAGUUUUUCUUGUACUGUUUACUUUUGAGUAUUUUGUGAGGACUAAAGUGUCCCUGUUUCUGGCCAAAAUUCAUUUCUUUCAUUUAUUAAGGAUCCUAGGUAUUUGAACUUAUUACUUUUUCAAAAGUGCAGUUUCUAAUUUUAACGGUUUCAUCUGCUUGUUCUUCUCUUAACAUGUGUUUAGUUUUUUGGUUGUUAACUUCCAGCCCUGUUUGUAGUGAUGCGUCUUCUAAUUCAAUAAAAGCUUUUAAUAUGUAUUUACUCAUUUUUGAAGUAAUACAAUACAAAACAUUUAAAAUGUACAAUGCACUCGUUUCAAUUUUUGACUUUAACUAUGAACUCACUCACAUGCAGAUACUAUGGGAAUUUCAACAAAAAAAAAUACUCUAUUGCAAGUUCAUUUGUUCAUUAAUGGUUUAAUAUUUCAUUUGAGGUCAAUAUAUCUGGUCAAUAUACAUUUCAAGAAAAUGAUAAUGAUUUUAAAUCAAUUGAACAGUUUAAUGGAAUUUUUUUACAGAUAAAGUCCUUGCUAAAGCAUUACAACAGCAAACACAUUAAAUAUGACUCUGGGGCCACCAAUGGAAGAAGAACUAGGUAUUGAAGUGCAAUUUCCCCACAGGAAAGACAGGGAAAACUCUCAACUAAAACGAGACUAAUUGACAUUUGAGGUGCAGGUCAUUUAAUUCAUGCCCCUGAGAAGAAUUUUUUAUGUUAAGUUUAACCAGAUUUUGAUUACCCUAAUGUAUUCUGUUAAUGAUCUGUUUGUGCAAUUAUCAUCCUGCAGUUACUUAUUUGGAUUUACUUUUGACAUGAAAAAAAGUUAAAGAAAUAUGAUAAAAGAGUAGGAAUGGGCCAUUUAUUGACUUUAGCAUCCCCAAACAAAGAUUCAGAAUCAAGUACCGUAUCCACGUCAAAUGGGAUUGGUUAAUCCUUUUCCAAAUGUUUACGUGGCUAUGGGAAUUUUGCUAAUAUUUCCAUAAAACAGUUGCAAGUGCUGUGAGAACUUUUUUGAAGCUCACAUUUAUGAACAUAUUUUUGUUCUACAUAGCCUCAAGAUUGUUUGGUUGGUUUAGAAAGAACUGCUGCAGAAGUUUUUUUUAUGACCGAAAUAUUUCAGGAUUUUUCAUUUGCUGAAGUGAAAUAAGCACAUUUUUAUUGAAAUAAACUGUUCAUUAAUAGAUUAUCUUAACACUUUCAUAAAUUUGUCAUCACACCAUUUUUUUGUUUUUGUUUCGUUGCCUACUUAUUUUUAAGUGCUCUGCAAAAGCAAGAAAACGUUUACUUGUAUAUUAUGUAAAAUUAUUAUUGUUUUAUUGACAUAAAUUGUUUGUGUUUAAUGUAAUCAAAAGCAAGAAACCAUCUUUGUCAGAAAUUCAGCUAUUAAAUACAGCCUUAACACCAUAACAAACUUGCUUAUUUAAGAAUUUGAGUUAAGUUAAGCUAUACCUGGUAAUAAAAAUAUUAAUGGCACAUUUUUAAUCAAUUGGAUUUAUACUUAAUAAAUGCGACAGGUUCUUAGAAAACUGAAAACUGGUAAAAAUAGAUGAAUGAUCAACAUUUAUGAUUAAUAAUAAGGGUUGGCAUAUUUUCGUCUUGCCUAUAGCACAAAACAUGCUAUGGCCAGCACUGUGUCAUAAACUUAUGAUCUAGCUAAAAUCUUUUUUGUAUGCUAC